UGGAGCGUACACAGGCUGUGAAAAUAGGCAAGCCGCUACCGAAGUGUAACAUGUACUUUUGGAUUUGUUUUACAGAUAAGAACAGAAGAGUGGAUUUUAUUGCAAAUGCUGAACUAAAAGGAGGUAUUACUCCUGUAGGACAAGCGUGUUUUGUGUUUAAUGAGGAGAAUAUGAUUUUAGCCUGACAGUUGUCAUGAUCCUGUGAAGUCGGUAGGCAUGAAACGUUUGUUGACAAUAGCGAUGGUUUCGUCGGCGUCGACGCUGGGCUUGUGAUUAUUGACCCAUCAUUGCGGCCUAUGCUUGGCGGCUACCUUUUUGAAGCUAAUGUACUGAACAAACUUAUUUAUAUUUAGAAUGGGUAGAGAAAAUUGUUUGUGUAAACUGUCUACCGCUACGAUGAGGAAUUUGUGGACUUCUUCUCCUCAUUGGAGGCCUAUUUUUCUCGUUUUUUAUCUUCUAUUUACACUUGCCUCUACACAAACAGAUCCACGGGCGGCAGAAUACGAGACGUUUACUGUUUUCGAGGGAUUACCUGCACAAACUGUCAUUGGUACAAUAGCAACGAAAACAGGUUUCACUUAUUCAUUAAGUGAGGAAUCUCCAUAUUUUGAUAUUGAUGGUGAUUCAGGAACUUUGAGAACUCGUACCGUAAUUGAUAGAGACAUUUUACCAUCUGAUGUUUUUAAUUUAGUCGUAUUGUCUAGUGCACCAACUUAUCCUAUUGAAGUCCAAAUAACAGUUUUAGAUAUUAACGAUAAUGCACCAGUGUUUCCACAACCAGUUCUGGAUAUUCCAUUCUCAGAAUCAGCAAGUAUUGGAACACAAGUUAUCCUCGAUACUGCUGUAGAUAACGAUGAGAAACAAAAUGACGUGACAGCAGAUUAUGCUGUCGUUAGUAGCAAUGCUGUUGGUGUCUUUUCAUUAAUAAUCACCACAAAUCCAGAUGGUGAUAUGACUUUCUUGCAUUUAGAACUUAUUAGUGCAUUAGACCGGGAGACUCAAGAUUCUUAUCAACUCAACAUCUCAGCGCAGGAUGGAGGAACUCCAAUCAAAUAUGGAUAUAUGCUUCUUAAUAUAACGGUCACUGAUGCUAACGAUAACGAACCAAUAUUUGAAACCAGUGCAUAUGAUGUAAGCCUAAAUGAAUCUGUGUUGGUCGGCACAACAGUUAUCCAGGUUCGUGCAACAGAUGCCGAUAUUGGAUCUAAUGCUGCAAUCACUUACUCCCUUAAAGAAUCCAGUGACUCGUUUGAUACACGGUACUUUACAAUUGACCCCCAGACAGGUGUUAUAAGUGUGUUAGAAGAGGUCAACUACGAUGUUUCCUCUUCGUACACUUUAACUGUAGAGGCGUCGGAUAACGGACAUCCAAGGCUAGUUGGACGCGCAUAUGUUAGUAUCAGAUUAGUUGAUCAGAAUAACCAUGCGCCAACUGUUAACUUUAGCCCUCCAGCUUUGGAGAAUUCCAUAACUAUUGAGGAAGGUGUCCCGAUUGAAAAGACCAUCACUGUAGCCACAGUCUCUGAUAAAGACACUGGUCUGAAUGGUUUAACUACGUUGAACAUAUUUUCUGGAAAUGAUCUUCACCAUUUCAAACUAAAAAUUUUUAGGCUUAAUCAAGACGGAUCACUUUAUCUACUUAAGAUUAAUGGUUCCAUUGAUAGAGAAAGACAUCCACGCUAUAAUAUCACCUUUCAAGCAUCAGAUUUGGGUUCACCUCCUAGAUUGUCUUUUGCUAAUUUGAUAAUCAAUGUCAAUGAUCAAAAUGACCACUCUCCUGAGUUCCAGAAACCUUUUUAUGCUGCCAACCUUAGUGAGCUUGUGCCAAUUGGAAGCUUUGUGCAGAGUGUCACAGCAACUGAUGAAGAUUCAGGUGCUAAUGCCGAUAUCAUGUACGAAAUCAUUGGUGGAAAUGAAUUGGACUGGUUUGAGAUCGAUGAAAAUUCUGGUUUGGUUCUCACUAAAAAGACUAUUGACCGUGAAACUACAAGUGCUGUUACACUGAACAUAUCAGCCUCAGAUCAAGGUAUUGUAGUGUUUACAACUAGUACUCUUCUGAACAUCACCAUCUUAGAUGAAAAUGAUGAAGUACCCUCUUUUACAGAAACCAUUUACAAUGCUUCUGUACCAGAGAACUCAAUGUCAGGUUACCAGCUAAUCACAGUAUCAGCAAGUGAUAAUGAUGAAGGUGAUAAAGGUGUUGUAACAUACUCAUUUUCACAAGAAACCGUAAGAAGAUUCCCAGGUGUUUUUAAUAUCGAUUCCAACUUUGGAUUAAUUUCUACUGCAACCAUCCUUGAUCGUGAGACAAUCAACAGAUAUGAACUAGAGGUCAUUGCGCAAGACAGUGGUAGCCCAUCACUGAUGUCGAUGGCAAUUGUAAACGUUGAUGUUCUGGAUGAAAAUGAUAACAACCCAGUUUUUUACCCGGAAAAUUAUUUUGCAGAUAUUUUGGAAAAUAAGCCAUCUGGCACAUUUGUUGUCCAAGUUAUUGCAUCUGAUGCGGAUUCUGGAGAAUCGGAGAGAAUCCAAUAUUCUAUUACUCAAGAUGAUUCACAGGGGAAGUUUCAAAUUGAUUCUGAAACUGGUUGGGUAACAACUACUGUUGCGCUUGAUCGAGAAUUGAGAUCAUCUUAUAUAUUAACAGUUACUGCUACGGAUGAGGGUAAUCGUGAAGCAGUUGCACCCGCAAUUGUCCAAAUUUCUGUUAUUGAUGAGAGGGAUAGCCCACCAAUAUUUAGUCAAAAUGAUUACCAGUUUGUAAUAUUUGAAAAUGUACCAGUUGCCUCAUCAAUUGGAACUGUUCAUGCUUCAACACCAGAUCUUAACACUGACAUCACUUACACUAUUUUUUCUGGGGAUCCCAAUGGAGUCUUCCAGAUUAAUGAAGUAUCCGGCCAAAUAAAUGUUGUGAGAGAUGUUGAUCGUGAAGCUCAGUCUUUUUACCAAUUAACUGUAUUUGCCAGUGGUGGCUCGAUGAUAGGUCGUACUGUUGUCAAUGUCACAAUACUUGAUUUGAAUGAUAAUUCACCAUUGUUUCCACGUCUUACAGAUUCUGCCAACGUAGUUGAAAACUGGGAAAUAGGACAUGAAGUUUACCAUGCACAAGCUGUAGAUGCUGAUAGUGGACCAAAUGCUAAAAUUGCUUACGAGCUUGUCAGAAACCCAGAUAUGACAUUUGCCAUUGAUCCAAACUCUGGAAUUGUAACUCUCAGAAAAACUUUGCAGAAUUCUGAGUCUACUGAUUUUUUCAUUCAAAUACUUGCAAUAGAUUUUGGUACACCUCAUCAGUCCAGCAUUCUUAAUGUCAGUAUUUCUAUUCGUGAUGUUAACAACCAUGCUCCUGUCUUCCUGAGUAGUCAUUUUGGACAUUCAAUCUCGGAGGCUAUACCUGUAAAUACAAGGUUUAUAUCUGUUUCUGCAACAGAUGGUGAUGAAGGAGAGAAUGGUGAAAUUACUUAUGUUAUAUCAGAUGGUAACAUUGAUGACAAAUUUGGAAUUUUUCCAGAUGGUAAUGUUUAUGUAAAAUCAUAUCUUGAUAGAGAACAGACAGAGAGAUACACUCUCACUAUAUAUGCCUUUGAUGGUGGUGUUCCUCAGAGAAGCAGUGAAACCACACUAACAGUACAGAUUCUUGAUGAAAAUGACAAUAGGCCAUUAUUUGAGAAUAAUACUUAUGUUUUCUAUUUGGAAGAAAACCUACCACCUGGAUUUGUACUUGGACAAGUAAGGUCAAAAGACCGUGAUAUUGGACUUAACGCUGAAAUCACUUAUAGUUUCGUCAACAACCAAACAGAAUUUGCAAUUGAUCCUAUUACCGGAUUGAUUACCAGUAAGGUGAUGUUUGAUCGUGAAAGUUUCUAUAAAAGGACAAGGAGCAACCAGAUCAUGUUUGACAUCAUUUCCACAGAUUCUGGAGAACUUCCUCUUCAAGAUCAAACUUCUGUGACUGUAAAUGUUGUUGACAUCAAUGACAAUACUCCGGAGUUCUCCCGUCAAAUUUAUGAAGUCUCAAUUUCUGAAUUAGCACCAAAUAAUACAUCAGUGGUGCAAGUCAGUGCAAAAGAUGCUGACUGUGGGGAUAAUUCAUACCUCACUUACACGAUUGUCUCGGGAAAUGAACAGCGAAGGUUUUCCAUUAAUCAUGUGUCCGGCCAGAUUAUUUUAAGCGGUAACUUAGAUCGUGAAUUUACUGAUAACUACUCCUUAUUAGUUGCAGCACAUGACGCUGGAACUCCACCAAAAAGUGCAACAGCAACAGUUGAUAUAUCUGUCUUGGAUGGUAAUGAUAAUAUUCCUGUAUUUGUAUCAUCUAAUGUAGAGAUAGAAGUUGUUGAAAGCUUCCCAGUUGGUAAAGAGUUAACUUCUGUAACAGCAAAUGAUAUUGAUAUUGAUUUGAAUGGUGUCAUUUCAUACCAAAUCACUAGUGGAAACGUUCAAAAUGUAUUUACUAUUGAACCAAACACAGGGUCAUUAUUCCUUACGAAAUCUCUAGAUUUUGAAACUCAGUCAAUAUACAAGUUGAAUAUAACAGCAAGUGACGGCGGCACAUCUCCUAAUAUGAACACUAUUACCUUGGUCAUUUACGUUCGAGAUUAUAAUGACAAUCCACCAGCUUUUCCUUCUAACUCUGUUGUGCUUUCUGUGAGCGAAAAUACUGAGAUUAACACAGAACUCGUAGCUGUGACAGCAAUGGAUCCAGACUCAGACAUAAAUGGUGAACUUCAAUAUUCCAUAGUCGGUCAGAUUCCAGAGGGAAGAAAAUUUGGAAUACAUCCUUUCAGUGGCAUUCUGUAUAUAGCUGGGGAAAUAGAUCGUGAGGAUUUACUGGACUACAACGGCUUGUUUCAUUUAACUGUCCAAGCAACUGACCAAGCGCAGCCAGAGAGCAACAGGAGGAUGGCAACCAAGAAUGUAACAAUCAUUGUGACUGAUAAGAAUGACAACAACCCAGUUUUUGUAUCUCAAAGUGCUGCUGUCAUUUCUGAAACGGCGUCUGUUGGUGCCACUGUGACAACAGUCAGUGCCAUUGACAAAGAUGAAGGUAUAAAUGGAGAAGUGACAUACAAACUUAAUGCUAAUGAUUUCUUUGAUGUCAACCCGCAAUCUGGUGUCAUUACCUUGAUUCGCAGUAUAAAUCUGUCAACUCCAAAGUACGCACUUUUGGUAACAGCAAAAGAUAAUGGCACCGAACAGCGUCAAACUCAUUCAGCUUUAACUGUUAUUAUUGGAGACAAUGAAAACUCGGGCCCAAGUUUUACAUCAAAUUCUUACAGUGCUUCAAUAGCCGAGAAUGCUGUGAAUGACACCGCAGUCUUGACGGUUUCAGCUAUGUACGCGGAUGCUAGAUCAGCUAACAUACAGUACUUCAUCACUGCAGUUUCAACAGGAUCUUCAAGCCGUGAACGAGAUUUUGUUAUAUCAAGUACCAAUGGAAUUAUUCGUACUUCAGCGCCAUUGGAUCAUGAGAACGGAAAUGAUGUCUACACAAUGACCGUGUAUGCUGUGGAUGUUGAUGCCAGCACACCACGUACAAGGAAUACUCAGGUUCGGAUAACAGUGACAGAUAUCAAUGACAAUGCUCCAGUGUUUGAAAAGGAUUCCUAUCGUGUCACCAUUCCAGAGAAUGCAUCACCAGGGAGUCUCCUGACAUCAGUUUCUGCCACAGACAUUGACAGCAGUGGAUCUAUCAGCUACAGGAUCAUCAAUGCCGAUCCUGCUCUUUUCCAGAUUGUCUCAACCAGUGGAGAGCUACGUACGGCAGCAAUAUUAGAUCGUGAAACCGAGCAGUUGUAUCGUUUUUCAGUGGAAGCUUCAGAUGGUACGCUUACAUCGAGGGCAUCGGUGGAAAUUGAGGUUAAUGAUUUCAAUGAUAACGAUCCAAUAUUCUCGGAACCAGUCUAUUCCUUCAGCGUGUCAGAGGAUGAAGUCAUCAAUUCAGAAGUUGCAAUAGUGACAGCAACUGAUGCUGAUGAUGGAAGCAAUGCAGAGCUGGAAUACUCCAUCGUUGAGGAUGGAGGAUUUGGGGAAGAUGUAUUUCAGAUUAAUUCGGAGACUGGUGUCAUUUCAUUGACGGAAAAAUUAGAUUAUGAAACACGGGCUUACUAUGCUCUAACUGUUCAAGCAAGUGACAAAGGUUCUCCAUCUCGAUUAUCAACCGCAACGGUCUACUUCAAUGUCUUGGAUGUCAAUGACCACUCUCCGAUCUUCAACCCUGAUCAUUAUGAGCAAUGGGUGCUGGAGAACACUUCUAUUGGAACACAAAUUCUGCAAGUUAUUGCAGAGGAUGCAGAUUCUGGUAACAAUGCAAUAUUCAAAUACACCAUUACAUCAGGAAAUUCUGGCAACCUCUUUACAAUAAAUGAUGAUGGAAUUAUCUAUACCAACAAAGUUCUUGACAGGGAGUCAAAGGCAUUCUACAACUUAGCUGUCACUGCCACUGACCAGCCAAGUGAUCCUUCAAUGGCAAGAUCUAGCACAGCACAGGUGUCAAUCCUUCUGAGUGAUAUCAACGAUAAUGCUCCACAGUUUACGAAUCCAGGCAUCAUCUCAGUCCCAGAAGACACAAGUAUUGGUACUAUCAUCAUGGUAAUCCAUGCCACAGAUCCUGAUGCAACAGAAAAUAGCUACAUCAGCUAUAGUAUGUCUCCGGUUCCUGGUGAUGUCUUUCGUUUAGAUGCAGAUGGAAAUCUGCAAGUAUGGGGACAGCUUGACAGAGAGACCAGAGCAGAGUACACUUUAACUGUCAUUGCUAGUGACAAAGGACAACCAGUACAGAGUUCUUCCAUGAAUAUUGCUGUUGAAAUCACUGACAGCAAUGACAACCCACCAGUGUUUCUGGUUGACUCUCCUCAUGUAACUCUGUCAGAGAGUCUUCCAGUUGGUGUAGAGUUCCUUCAGGUUUCUGCCACCGAUGCUGAUGAAGGUGAAAACAGUGACUUGAUCUUUACAAUCAUCAGUGGUAAUACAAAUGAUGAUUUUGCAAUUGAUUCUUCACGAGGAGUUCUAUUCUCCAAGAAUCCUUUGGAUCGAGAACGAACAUCCAGUUACACGAUCACCGUCCAAGCUAAGGAUAGUAGCAGAUCACCGCUUUAUGCCAUCACGAAUGUGAACAUUGAUAUUUCUGAUGUCAAUGACUAUAGACCAGUCUUCCUUGACUCACCAUACACCAUCAAUGUGCAGGAGAAUGCACAGAGCCUUCCAGUCAUUAUAAACAGGAUUUCAGCAACUGAUUUAGAUGCUAAUUCCAACAGUCAACUAACUUAUAGUCUGACAGGUAAUGAAGAUGGUGAUCUCUUCACUAUUGAUCCAUCAACCGGUUUUAUAAGUAUACAUCAAGCCCUGGAUAGAGAAGUUGUGGAACAAUACACUUUGACAGUUACUGCACGAGAUGCAGGUUCUCCAUCCCUUACUGGAACUGGUACCAUCAGCAUCAUUGUUAGGGAUGAGAAUGACAAUAGUCCGGUGUUUGAUCCAGAUACCUUCAACAUCACCAUUGAUGAGGAAGUACCCAUUGGCACAGAUGUCUUGCUUGUUAGUGCCACAGAUGCUGAUGUUGGAGAUAAUGGCAAUAUACGAUACCAACUGAAUGAUGAAAUCGGCACAAUGUUCACCAUCAAUCCAGUAUCUGGUCAAAUCAUCACAGCAGGACGACUUGACCGUGAGGUUCUUUCCACGUACAAUCUGGUGGUAACAGCUACGGAUGGCAACGCGCUGAGCCCAGCAAAUUCUCGAACAGCCACUGCUAAUGUUGUUGUUUACCUAAGAGACAUCAACGACAAUGGGCCAGUAUUUCCUAUUGUAUCAUUGGCGGCCACUAUCCCAAGCACCUGCGGUGCAGGUACAUACGUGACAGCAAUUGGUGGAACAGAUGCAGAUGAGCCAUCAAAUAGUGACAUUGUCUACUCCAUCACAACAGGUGACACAUCAAAGUUCCAGGUGGGCACAUCCAGUGGCAUUAUCACAACAAAGAAACAACUGACUUCAGAGUCUGUAUCAUAUGUAUUAGAGGUUACUGGAAGUGAUCUUGAAUCUGCAUUCCCUGUUGCCAUGGCAACUGUUACCAUCACAUUUAGUAGCAGCCAGUUUCCGGUAUUUAGUGCAGUUGAAACCAGUUAUGACAUCGAGGAAAGCAGAACAGUUGGUAGUCAUCUGGUCACUGUGCAAGCUGUUAGUCAGAAUGCUAGAACCACAUAUGCAUUAUCAGGAGGGAACAUCGAUGAGGCAUUCAAUAUCGACAGAAACGGUCAGAUUAGGAUAGCAAAGAGUCUGGAUAGGGAGUUAACACCAGACUAUGAAUUGUGGGUAGAAGCAAGAAGUGAAAGCUCUCCUGCUUUAUCAAGCUUUCUCAUGCUGGAUGUCACCAUCACGGAUGUCAAUGAUAAUGCACCCGUGUUUACCAAGAUCCUGUACUAUGGGGAUGUCAUGGAGAAUUACGCUGCACCUGUGCCUGUUGUUGUCGUAACAGCUAAUGAUGCAGAUUUAGCGGGUAAUGGACAAUUUGAAUAUGAGAUAGAUUCUGCCGGAAACCAUCAAAAUGCCUUCUACAUAAACCCGCAAACAGGAGAGAUAAGUACAACAAAAUCACUUGACAGAGAGGAAUAUGCAUCAUAUACACUGACUGUAUAUGCCAUUGAUGAGGGCUCUCCAAUAAUGACUGGAACCUCAAUGGUGGAGGUCACAAUUCAAGAUCAAAAUGAUAAUGGUAUCAGGUUUGAUAGCAUCUACUCAGCAAAUCUUCCAGAAAAUUCAGCUUUUGGAAGCUAUGUGAUUACUGUUACUGCCACAGAUCAUGAUGGAAGCACCAAUUCUGUUAUUACGUAUUCCAUUAAAGAUGAUGGUGACCAUAAUUUGUUUGACAUUGACCCAACAAGUGGCAGAAUCACAGUGGUUGGAAACCUGGAUUAUGAGUCACAAUCUAUACAUCGAUUGACUGUGGAAGCGAGAGACACAUCCCAUCUCAUCGAAACAACAGUCACUAUUAAUGUUCUAGAUGUCAAUGACAAUGCUCCGGUGUUCACUUUAGUGACAUAUGAAAAGUGGAUUCAAGAAGGAUUGCGAGUCAAUACACCAGUGUUUGAAGUGACUGCUGUUGAUGUUGAUGAAGGAGAUGGUGGUGAGGUUCGCUACCGAAUGAAGACUAUGUCAGAUUAUUUCAAGAUUGACAGUGUGACAGGUGUCAUCUCUAUUAAGAAUGAGAUACUCUUUGUUACUCAGGACUCCACAAUAACUGAUCCAAAUGUAUACAGUGUUUCCGUAGUAGCAUAUGAUAGAGGCAUUCCAUUAUUCUCAAAUGACACUGUGAUACUCUUCCAUGUUCAAGACUCAAAUGAUCACCCACCAGUAUUUGAGGAAGAAAGUUACUUUUCACCAGCUCCAGAGAAUAUUAGAAUUGGACAGUCCAUCAUCCAGGUUGUUGCUAAAGAUGAAUUGGAUAUUGGAAUUAAUGCUGAGAUACUCUAUUCAGUUAGUGGAGGUAAUGGUUCUGCCACCUUUGUUGUAAAUCCAACAUCAGGGUGGAUCUCACCUAAGGCCUCCUUGGAAGGAUUCAUUGGAAGGUAUUUUCAACUUCUUGUCAAAGCCCAAGAUCAAGGGCAACAAGAUCAAAUGGAAGCAACAGCCACAGUAAUAAUCCUAGUUACUAGUAUCAAUGUGAACACACCAACAUUCAGCGGAACACCUUACCAGGUAAUCAUUCCAGAAGAUCAGUUAGUUCCAUCUCAGAUAUUUAUUGCCUCAGCUUCAGAUGAGGAUGCUGGAAUGAAUGGUGAAAUUCUUUACUCCAUAACCACUGGUAAUGAACUUGGCUUAUUUAACAUCAAUCCAUCAACUGGAGCUGUAAGCGUCAUUAAGCCUCUGGAUUAUGAAUCUAAAAAUGUCCACUACUUGUAUAUCACUGCAGUGGAUCAGGCAUGGGAUUCCAAACAAUCAACUGUUGUUUUCACUGUGCAGCUUACUAACAUCAAUGAUAAUUCUCCUGUAUUCAAUCCUACCAGCUACACCGCCAUGAUUGCUGAAAACUCUCCAAGUGCCACCACAGUUGUCACAGUAUCAGCCACUGAUGCAGAUACACCUCCAAACGCAGGCUUCUACUACAGCAUCAUUGGUGGUAGCGGUAGGGAUUAUUUCAUCGUCAAUUCUGAGACUGGUAUAAUUCUGACUCAAGGAAAUCUAGACUAUGAGAGCAGCAACCAAGACUUUGAACUCACUGUUGCAGCCACGGAUGUAGACCCUCAGGUAUUCAGGCAAGGAAUUGCUCAUGUCGUUAUUCAUGUUACAGGAGUCAACGAAUACUUCCCAAGAUUUAUUCAGAAUUCGUAUGACUUCUUUGUACGAGAAGAUGCUGUGGAUGGAUUUGUUGUGGAUAGAGUUAUAGCAACAGAUACAGAUCAAGGAGCAGAUGGAGAAGUGUUUUAUUAUCUUGUUGGGGCCAAUACCGACAAAGGAUUUUCCAUAAACGAAAUAACUGGGGAAAUAUUUGUUUCUAAAGCACAUGGCACUCUUGACAGGGAGACUGAAAACAAAGUUGUAUUGACUGUUCUAGCAAAAAAUGCUGGACCAAUUGAUGGUGACAAUGUGGAUAAGGCAACAGUCACAAUGUUUAUCACAGAUGCUAAUGAUCCACCAAUUUUCCUAGAAGAAAAUUACUUUGGCAGUGUCAGUGAGGGUGCUGCUGUGGAGACCUCUAUUCUGACAGUAACAGCAGUAGAAUAUGAUGAGCUUCCCAGUGACAGACGUUUCAAUUAUUCAAUCACAGCUGGCAACAUUAACAAUGCAUUUAAGGUUGAUUCAUUCGGUGCUGUCAAAGUGAACAAUAACUUAGACCGAGAAACUAUUGAUGAAUACACUUUAACUGUAUCAGCAACAGAUGAAGGAAAUCCACCACAGUCUGGAUUCACCACUGUGGUCAUCUCUCUCACUGAUGUCAAUGAUAAUGGACCCAUACUAGAAACUUCAGCAGGAUCCGUACUGGAGAACCGGCCAAUAGGCUCAAAUGUGAUGACAUUGAUUGCAUCUGAUCCAGACAUAGCACCUCAAGAACCUUUCUCCUUCUCAAUUUAUUCUGGAGGAAGCAAAUUUGACCUUGAUCGUUCCAGUGGAUUACUGACAACAAAUGCUGUGUUUGAUCGUGAAUCUCAGAGUGAGUACUUCCUCUCAAUAGAAAUAUCAGAUUCUGGUUCUCCACAGAUGACAUCAAUUUCAACAUUGCGUAUUAAAAUUGAAGAUGAGAAUGAUAACCCUUCGUCAUCCCGUACAGCUAGGAUUGAAGUAAAAUCUUAUGAAAGUAAUUUCCCUGGUGGACUUAUUGCAGAGGUAAAACCAAAUGAUGUGGACACUGAUGAUACCUUCAAUUGCCGUCUGAUAUCUUCUGACACCUCAAUGUUCAGUAUCCUUCGUGGUUGUGAGCUACACUCAACAUCUCACAGUGGGGAGAACCAGUAUCAGCUAACAGUUAGUGGAAAUGAUGGAACACAUGCUGAGGUCCAAUCAUCUUUUUCUGUUGAGUUUCAACAGUUUGGAAGUGCUGCCUUAACAAGCAGUUUAACACUUCGUCUCUCAAACACCAACGCUGAAUAUUUUGUUAUGAAUUCUUACAACCAAUUUCUGACGUCUGUUUCAAGUCUAUUGAAUAGUGGAGAGAGCAUCAUUGUCUUUAGUCUGAAGGAUGUCAGUGAUAAUAACCAGCUGGAUCUGUUGGUUGCAAUUGAAAAAAGCAAUGGUCAGUAUAUACCACGAUCUCAAGCAUCUGCUUUCUUCCAGAGUAACAUCAACACAAUUGAAAGUCAAUCUAAUGUGGACAUUGAGAUGAUCAACUUUACUCCAUGCCAACUAAAUCCCUGCCAGAAUCAAGGGACAUGCAGUGAUUACGUAGAAAUGUAUGAUGAUGAAAUUAUUGUAGAAACAAGCGAGAUCAUUAUUGUUGCACGCAACACUAGUCGUGUAUUUGAAUGUGCUUGUGCCAUCGAAUUCCAUGGAACUUUGUGCGAGUUGGAAGUUGAUCAAUGUGAAUCUGUUGUGUGCCAGAAUGGCGGAACCUGUGUAGACGGUUCCGGUUCCUUUAGUUGUCAGUGUUUAAGUGGAUUCUCUGGAGAUCUCUGCGAAAUAAAUAAUGAUGACUGCAAUGGUAACUUAUGCACCAAUGGUGGUACAUGCAUUGAUCUAGUGAACACACAUCGAUGCGAAUGUCCGACCGGGUACUUUGGCGUUUAUUGUGAGGAAGGUCCGUGCACAUCUCAACCAUGUCAGAAUGGAGGCACGUGCCGGGAGCGAGGUGGCACGUACCAAUGUGAGUGCAAAUACGGAGAGAAAGGCAACGACUGCCAGUUCAGCAGCAUCGGUUUUGAGGGCGGUUCCUACAUGGAGUUCAUUAGCACUCUAGGAUCAUCAAACAUAAUCACAAUUGAGUUCACAACAGUGCAAGCGAACGCUUUACUGUUCUACAACCAUGAUGGAACGACAACCUACUUAUCAAACUUUUUGGCACUUGAGGUUAUUAACGGACAACUGCAAUUGUCUUAUUCAGACGGUGGUGACAUCAUACGGAUUAAAACUAUGAAGGUAGUCUCUGAUGGUCAGUGGCAUACAGUUCAAGCCAAGCAAGAUAAUCAGGGUUGCGAUCUGGUUUUGUUCGACACUGACUGCCCUCCUAGCCCUGAUAACGCCAAGAUGUGUCGUGUUUCCAAAACAGCAAAUUUGAUUCGAGGGUUGAAUUUACAAGGUGUGCCAGUAAGUGUUGGUGGUGUGAUGUCUGUUAGAAAUGUGACCGAUCGAUUUUGGCAAGUCUCCACCGCAGAUUACGUUGGCUGCAUACGAGACAUCUACGUCAACAGUCAGCAGCUUGGCGACUCCAAUGUUUUCCGGUCAGCUGGAACAAUUGAUGGCUGCCCAAGAGAUUUGACCACAUGCAGUGGUCAGGUCUGUGCCGGUCAAAGUGUAUGUGUGGACGAGUGGUGGACGUAUAGAUGUGAGUGCGAAGAAGAAAAAGCUGGCCUUACUUGCGAUGAAGUUGCUUUGCCAGUCUCCUUUGGUUCCGGUGCUUACGUUGAGUAUACCGUGAAAGAAAGCUACCGCAGACAACAACAGCUAGAUAAUGCGAAGAGCAACAAUAAUCGCAAACGAAGGGCAACCAACAAACAAUCUUUGAACAUGCGCUUCCGCACGCAAGCAGAUGACGGCCUCCUACUUCUUGUAAACACUGGAGAAGAAUUCACUUUGUUGCAGGUUGUUGAUGGAGCGUUGACUUAUUCUUACGGUACAUCAUACUCAACAGUUGGUACUAUCACUAUCGCAAGCCCCAAGUGCAACACCGGUUCCUGGCACAAUGCCAGCAUUGUCAGAGAUGAUCGACAUAUCACGCUAAGCCUUGAUGAUGCAUCAAAAAGCAGUAUCUUUGAUAAGACACCUCCAGACUUCUCUGGAGUUGACGUCACUUUAAUGUCGCUUGGUGGGACCAAGGAUGAUCUUGUGGUGGAUGGAACAACAAUAGCUGGGUUGGAAGGAUGUGUAGACAGCUUCAGUUUGAACGGUGAACAACUGCCGUUUGACGGAGGUAACGAAGCGUUUGAAGCAACCGUAUCCACUAACACAGCAAAAGGAUGUAGUGUUGUUGAUUUAUGUUCAUCUAAUCCAUGCCUUGGGACUGAAUUAUGCGUUGAUCAAGAAACCUAUUAUGAAUGUCGCCCUCUCGUAGCUCCGAAAGAUUCUAACAGCUCGUUGGUAAUUAUUCUUGUGUUGGUGUUUAUCAUCCUGGCUGGAAUCAUUGCAGCGCUUUUAUUUAUCAUCAUCCGAAAGCGAAAAAUGGAGAAAAAAGCUUGUAUUCAAAAUGGUGCCGCUGUUUUCCCAAGUAGUGAGGACAAUCUUGACCAACAACCAGGUCAUUACAAUAUGGCCUUUGAUGACCCUUCUCUUGUUAAAGGUCAACCGGAGAUUAUGCUAUGCCAGCCAGAUAUACUAGAGAACGAAUCUAACCGUUACAAAUAUCCAAAUAUUAGUCCAAUUUGUCACAACACUAUCAUGGAUACGGAUGACGUCACCAUUGGUAUAGAAGAUAGCAUCGACGAACAGAUAGUUCCAGAACACUACGACAUUGAAAAUGCAAGCAGUAUAGCACCCUCAGAUGUUGAAGCAACAUAUUAUUAUAGAAAUUAUCACGACAUUGAGAAAAGACACAGAAAACAUAAUUAUGGUAAGCGAAGUCCAAAUCCGCUUUUGGCUCGAAUGCAAAGGGAGAGUCCAGUUAGCCACAUAUCCAGGCAUAGCCCUAAUCCACUGUUGAGAGCCAGUCCAAACAUGUAUACAGAUAUUACACAAAAAACAUCUGCAAGGCAAAGUCCUGCGGGCUUUAAACCUAAUAUACGUGCAAGUCCACUGCACGGCAGCCAGUCUGCAUCACCGACAAAAGACUUGAUGCAGCAGCGGGCUAACUCGCAGUACAGCCUUACAAGCGAACAACAAAGUAUUUAUAGUGCACCCGUUGUUCGGACCUCUAGUCUAGCAGUAAAUGAACUAAGUCUCAAGUCACAGUCGCAAACGAAAUUACGCAACCCUAAUGGUGUUCCAAACGGUAUGCCUGUUGGCUUGACUGUCGAUGAAGUGAAGCGAUUGAACACUGCACGACCUGACCUCAUGAUGGGCAGUCAUGCAAGUACUAUGGAUAAUCUGUCAUCUUUGAGUAGCGAUGACGAAACUGGUGUGAAAAGUAGCGUACUCAUUGAUUCGACUCGUCUUUUAGAACCGCCGGAUUCGACAUCUGACGAGAGCAAUGACUCAUUCACAUGCUCUGAGUUUGAAUCUGAGACCGAGCAUACUAUGUCAAGGAGUGAACUCGAACCGGGAACCUUGAUAUUUUCUCGACUCGCAGAAGUCGAGAAUGAGACCGACGAAGUCGACCAGGAUGCAACAAUUCCUUAUAAUUACGAAGGUUUUAAUUCAAUUGGCGGAUCAUUAAGCACGCUAUUCAUGUCAGAGGAUGAACUUCCUCAUUUAAAACAAAAUGGACUAUUCAACUGGGAUGAGUUCCUUAACUGGGGCCCGGCAUUCGAGAAAUUAGUUGGCGUCUUUAAAGAUAUAUCGCAGUUGCAGGACUCGAGUGAUUCAGAAUCAUGCGUGAAAAUAUCCUAUAGUAUAAACAAUACAAUUGAAGAAGAGUAUGUAUAAAGUUUUAGAAUAUAUUUUACAAAUGUGUUAAAGAUACUCUCUGAGAAUAUGACAAUUGAUAGUAUUAUCGAAGGAUCUUAAAAGUUCAGAAAUGAGUGAAAGCUUCCAGUUAAUAAGUUUUAAUGUACAUUCCAAAACAUACACAAAGUAUGAGAGUGUCAAAGUUCAAAGGUGACAUGAGCUAAAAUAUCAGACCAAAGUAUCACUUUUUUAUAUGAUGUCCAGUUUGUCAAAAAAAAUUCAAAAUAUUUUUGUAUAAAUUCAUAGGUUUUGAAAACGUCCUGUUAUCUAUGUUCAUUGUCCACAAACGUUAUGCAAAAACCGAUAAUUAAAAAUUCCAUAUUAAUACCUUGUAAUGUAAAUAGAUUUAUUUAACUUUCUGCUCUGAUUAUAUUUAUGGUUAUCUGAUGUGGGAUGAGUGAUUCCCAUGUAUAAAAAUUGACAAGCUGAAACCUCCAUUAUUAAACAAGUAUUUUAAAGGUGUUGAUAAAUGUUUUUAAAUAUGAAUUUUGUAUACAGAAUCUUUUAUACCAUAUAAGAAAUCAUAAUUAUGAUGAGUUUAUAUACAUGUUAGAUAGUAGAAGAGAGAAAAUUUUUAUUAAGCAAUUUUGGUUUCGAACCCAACACUUCCAACACACCAUGUGGGUGCUCUACGAACUGAACCAUGAUAUCCAACUGGUAUAAGCUUGUAGCACCUACAGUAUUUGAAUAAUAUUUCUCUCAACUACAUUAUAAUUCAAAAUGCAUUAGCUAAAUUGAUUAUACAAAAAUUUGGUUGCGACUUGAUUUAAAGAUAAUUUUAUAGUUUUCACGUUUUGUGACCAUUAAAAUAUAAGAUUAGCACUUAAGUUUUUAACAAGAAAUCAAAGUUAGAUAAAUAUCUCAUUAAAUAUUCACACAAUUAUUAUUUCUUUUAAUCUUGUAGAUUCUAAAUACAGUAGUUACUUCAUAACUAUUCAGAUUUUUAACAAAAUUGAAGUAUCAUGGUUACGCAGAUAAUAUUUGAGUACAUAAAGCAGCAAUAGAUAUCCCAUGAUGCAUGUUAACCAUGUACAUUUUAUAGCAAUUUUAUGAGUGAAACAAAAUGCAGGCAUUUUAAUGAGAAAUUAAUGAUAGACCUAAAAAUUGUAGGUC